AGCUCUAUGGCAUCUCCCAGGACCAUCACCAUCGUCGCCCUCUCCGUGGCCCUGGGGCUCUUCUUUGUCUUUAUGGGGACCAUCAAACUGACCCCCCGGCUCAGCAGGGAUGCCUACAAUGAGAUGAAACGAGCGUACAAAAGCUACGUGCGGGCCCUGCCCAUGCUCAAGAAGAUGGGAGUGAGCUCCAUCCUCCUCCGCAAGAGCAUCGGCGCCCUGGAAGUGGCGUGUGGCAUUGUCAUGACACUGGUGCCUGGKCGCCCCAAAGACGUGGCCAACUUCCUCCUCCUCCUCCUCGUGCUGGCCGUGCUCUUUUUCCACCAGCUCGUGGGAGAUCCCCUGAAGCGUUAUGCCCACGCCCUGGUUUUUGGGAUCCUGCUCACCUGCCGCCUGCUGAUUGCCCGCCAGCCCGAGGAGCUGCCACCGGAGAAGAGGAUGCUGUCSGUGAAUGGGGAUGAGCAGCCACUCAUCCAUGAAGCAGCUCCCGAGAAAGGCAAAAUGAAGGUAUCCUAGUUGAGUGCAUGUGAGGAAACACGGACCCUCGAGGCAGCUCUCUCCAAAAUCACCCAGAAAAUUUGGUUUUUAUUUACCUAUUUGCAUAUUUUUUUGUCUGUCUAAAUAAAGUUGCACUUGGGGUCUGAGAGAUACAAGGUAUGUCUACACUGUAGUCUUGCUUUUGCUGCUGCCCUGUAACGUAGAAAAACACAAGCUAGCUUCCACGGGGACAGCUUGGAGGCAGUCAGCAACCUGGCUGGAGCAGUGCUGGCCUCAGCAGGAGCUGAAAAACCAGACUGAGACCUUGGGCAGACACCUGGAUGGGCAGCCAGGCUGCCUUGGCACUGCUGCAGUGGGGAGAGCAGUYCCUGAGUGCCAGCCCUGAGCCCCACGGCAGCAGAGCUGGCCUGGUGCACUGCUGCUGCCCGGAACAGUGGCUGGGCAGGACAUGACCGGUGUCCCUGUGCUGGACUGUGCAGCCCCACACACACAUCUGCAUUUCCCUUUCCAUAGUCAAAGGGUGAAAAGGACCCUAUUACCAAAAAAGUGCUGUUUGUUGUGCUGGAGAGAGGGAUUCCUUAGGCUUUGCUGCCUCUGUGCCUAGUCCUUUCUAUAGAAUGGUUAUCCAGAGAAAAUAGGGGAUGCUCUGUUCACAUCUUCCUUGAUUUCCACACAGAGGCUCCAAAACUGGGACAAUGGCCUGAUAACAGCAUUUUUUUGCUUCACAUGAGACAGUAGCAUUUCUUUACGCUUCUUGGCAGAGUGUAAGGGUCCCUGGAGAGGGGAUGGGGAGCAGAACUGCCCAAAGAACUCCAAAAUAUCUCUCUUAUGUUGGCAAGUAGCACUGUGCUCCCGUUCCUUGCGAGAAAAAAAACUUUUUUUUUUUUUUUCCCCACGGCUGCUGUGACUUUAUAGAAUUGUUGUUUAUUUCUGGUAGAUGAGGGUCUGAACAAUUGCAGGUACCUCACUGCUCAUCCCACAUACAGCCUCAGUGAGCUGGGAUAAGUCCUGUUACCAGAGCCUGAAUCCCUGUGUUGUAUCUGAAAUCUUAGAGUGUCAUAAGGAGCAUGUGUUACCUCUGAAUUAUUUGUCUGGUUUUCUUAAUGUUUGUCUGUUUUCAGUUUUUCCUUUUUUUUU